GUUAGGUCAAAAGGAGAUUUUUGUUUCUUCAUUGAAUGUGCUGCUAAAUGAGAAAGUUUGACCCAGUUGAGGAUCAACAGCAUGCAAAGAAGAGAAGUGUUUGUGGCGACUCUGUCCAUGUCUCUGCUGCUUUGCAGCGUCAGUUCGGCACCAAGAGGAGACCUGCUGCUCCAGCUGCUCCAGUCAGAAGUGGAUCCCAAGGAGAAUGAGCUUCAGGAUCUCUCUCGUUUGCUUCUGAAGCAGCUUUCUGAGUCGGUGGUGCCUGAGGAGAAAGACGCUCUCGAAAGCAUUGAUGAUCUUGAGGUUCGUAAUGAAGUGGUUCGCCAGAUUCCUGUUUCCCAACGAGAACGCAAAGCAGGCUGCCGGAAUUUCUACUGGAAGACCUUCACCUCUUGUUAAUCAACAUGCUUGGUUUAAAAUUUCAACACCCUUACAAACAUUGUUAUACUUGUGUAGCCAUCAAAAUA